AUGGAAUGUUUUUUUUUUAUUUCACCGAAAAGCAAAUUUCAUCGCAAAUAUGGUAACUGUUCUUCUCGUACUGCUGCAGGAAACAUCACUCUGGCUGCGUCGACAUUUAAGGAAGCUGACGCCAUUUUCAAUCCAGAAAUUCUUUCUUUCUUUUUCCUUUCAUUUUUACUCUCUUUUUCUCUAUAUUUUUCCUCUUUUUCUUUCUUUCUUUCUCCAUCUUUCUUUUUUCUUUCUCUUAAUUCUUUUCUCUUUCCUGUCUGCAUUUAUAUUUUCCUUUCUUAUUUCCUUUCUCUCCUUUCUCUUUUAUUCCCUCUCUGUUUUUCUUUAUUUUUCUUUCUUUCCUUUCUCUCAUUUUUCUUUUGUCUCUCUGUUUUUCAUUCUUUCUUUUUUCUUUCUUUCACACAUAUUUCUUUCCUUCUUUCUCUAAGUUCCUUUCUCUUUUCUCUCUGCAUUCCUCUUUUACCUUUUUUAUUUCUUUUCUCUCCUUUCUGUCUUUUCUCUCUCUUUAUUUUUCUUCUUUUACUACUUUUAUCUUUUUUUCUUCUUUUCUCUCAUAUCUUUAACUUUCUUUUUUUUGCGUUCUUUCAUUUUCUUCUGUAUCUUUCUCUUCUUCCUUUCUCUCAUUCUCAUGUUUUGUCUCUGUACUUUUCUUUCUUUCUUUUUUCCAUUUAUUCAUUUACUCUCUUUCUCUCUCUCUCUCUCUCUCUUUCUCAUUUAACUUUCUUUCUUCCCUUUCUCUCAUUCUCUGUCUUUUGUCGAUUUAUUUCCCUUUCUUUCUUUCUUUCAUUUCUCUUAUUUACUCUCUCUUCCCCACUUCACUUUCCCACUAUUUUCUGUUUUACUUUUUUUUUACUUUUUACUUGA